UGAUGACUUCAGUGACAAAAAAACUACAAUGACACAAUUACCACAGACACUAAUGACCACAAAGGCACACAACUACAAGGACACAAAACAAAGGUAAAAAUGUAUAUCACUACAAAUUUUAAGAGAGGUGGUGGGAUUUUUGCAAGUCCAAGACUCCUCCACUGAUCCAAUGUUUCCUGAUUUACUACUAGUAACAUUAAAAAGAAAUGCACAUUGUGUACUUUAGUACUUAAAUUAAAUUCUGCUGCAGAAUGAAGUAGCAGCAACCUGCUGCUGCUCUGAACACACCUUCCCUUGUGCACGCCGUCCGUUCUCCAACUGUCCGUGGGCCUCCUGUUCACCACGCCCUGUGGGCAGUGGAUGAGGAUGCGAUCAUAUAAAUAGGCUCCCGUCUUUAGUUCUGGACCAAAGUGCAGGCGGAACACAACUGUGUGCAGGCAAUAUGACCUCAUUAAUGUGGGGACUGUUGUGUUUUAUUGGCAUCCUGUCAUCGGAGACUCUCGGAACUUCCCCAAAGUUGGGGUCACGCAACCGGCAGAUCCAUUCAAUUAGUCCUUUAAUAUCACGGGGCUCCUCUCAAGUCCCUCCAAGGGUCCAUCAGCGCUUUGAAGAUAUCAGAUCUAUUGAACAAAGCUCGGACGAAGCACCGAGUGCUGAAAGUUUUCAAGAGGUCCGGCUGGGUGUUUCUGCAGCCAGAGGCUUCCAGCAGCAGCAGGGAGCCCGACCGGCGGCCAGCAACGACCUGGCUCAGGAGAGACGGACCGCUGACAGUGCAGCUGGUGGCACUAAUUCCAGGUUGUAUCACCAUCAGUCCUCCCAUCGCCAGCCACUCGCACAGCUGCAACACAAAGCUGCACCAUUUGCAUCCUGGCAGCCUGCUCAAGACUCAAGUGACUAUUCUGCAUCCAUCAGAACUGAUGCAGCAACAAGAUCUAACUGCAGAAACCGUCCGAUAGACUUGGUCUUCAUCAUCGACAGCUCCCGCAGUGUACGCCCUGCUGAAUUUGAAAAGGCAAAGGAGUUCCUGCAAGACAUGGUGGACACCUUGGAAGUCGGCACGGACGCCACAAGGGUCGGCCUCGUCAACUAUGCCAGCACAGUGCAGAUUGAGUUUCUACUGAAGACGUAUUCUGCCAAGUCUGCCCUGAAGCAGGCACUGGCACGUGUUGAGCCCCUCGCUUCUGGCACCAUGACAGGCAUGGCCAUCAAGACUGCCAUGGAGAAAGCUUUCACCGCAGAGGCAGGGGCCCGAUCUAGCAACAUGAACAUUGCCAAAGUAGCCAUCAUAGUGACAGACGGGAGGCCCCAGGACAAGGUGGAGGAAGUAUCAGCCGCAGCUCGGGCAUCUGGGAUCGAGAUCUACGCUGUGGGAGUGGACAGAGCUGACAUGGCAUCCCUUCGCCUCAUGGCCAGCCCCCCACAUGAUGACCAUGUUUUCUAUGUGGAGACCUAUGGUGUUAUUGAGAAGCUCACUUCCAAAUUUAGGGAAACCUUAUGUGGUUUGGACCCAUGUGCUCAGGGACACAAUUGCCAGCACAUUUGUGAGAACAAUGGGAACUCGUACAACUGCAAGUGUCGCACAGGCUAUGUCUUAAACCCGGACAAGAAAACAUGCUCACGUUCAGAUACAUGUGAGGGACAUGACUGCCAACAUAUUUGCAUCAGCAAUAAUGACUCGUACAUCUGCAAAUGUCAAGUGGGAUAUGUGUUAAAUGCAGACCAGAAAACAUGCUCACGUUCAGAUACAUGUGCCCAGGGACAUGACUGCCAACAUAUUUGUGUGAACAAUGGCGAUUCUUACUCUUGCAUGUGUCAUGAGGGAUUUGUGUUGAACGCAGAUGAGAAAACAUGCUCACGUUCUGAUCCAUGUGCCCAUGGACAUGACUGCCAGCAUAUUUGUAUAAACAGUGAUGACUCGUACAUCUGCAAGUGUCGAGUGGGAUAUAUUUUGAAUCCAGACAAGAAAACAUGCUCAAGUUCAGGUCCAUGUGCCCAGGGACAUGACUGCCAGCAUAUUUGUGUCAAAAAUGGUGAUUCCCACCUUUGCAAAUGUCACGAUGGAUAUGUGUUGAAUGCAGAUCAGAAAACAUGCUCACGUUCUGAUCCAUGUGCCCAUGGACAUGAUUGCCAGCACAUUUGUGUAAACAGUGAUGAUUCUUACAUCUGCAAGUGUCGAGCAGGAUAUAUUUUGAACCCAGACAAGAAAACUUGUUCACGUUCAGAUACAUGUGCCCAAGGACAUGACUGCCAACAUAUUUGUGUCAGCACUGAUGACUCGUUUGUCUGCAAGUGUCGAAUGGGAUAUGUAUUGAAUGCAGACCAGAAAACGUGCUCACGAUCAGAUGCAUGUGCCCAGGGACAUGAUUGCCAACAGAUUUGUGUCAACAGUGAUGACUCGUAUAAAUGCAAGUGUCGUGUGGGAUAUGUAUUGAAUGCAGACCGGAAAACAUGCUCACGUACAGGUUUGGAUGCAUGUGCCCAGGGACAUAACUGCCAGCAGAUUUGUGUCAACAAUGGGAACUCUUACAUCUGCAAAUGUCGAGUGGGAUACGUGUUAAACAUGGAUCAGAAAACAUGCUCACGUUCAGAUGCAUGUGCUCAAGGACAUGACUGCCAGCAUAUUUGUAUCAACAACGGUGACUCAUACAACUGCAAGUGUCGAGUGGGAUACGUGUUGAAUGCAGACAACAAAACAUGCUCACAGGAAAUGAGAAGUGAAAUAACUCAAGAUGCCUGCAUGUGUGAAGCUCAGAUUGUGUUCCAGAAAAAAGUACAGUCAACCAUUCAGGAGCUGAGCAGAAAACUUGAUGAACUUUCAGACAAAGUGAACCUGAUUGACGGCCAACAGCAGUAUUAGCGAUGAAGAUGUCAGAAGACAUUUCAAUGAAUCCAAUUAUUGUGACCAGCGUAAAAUGUCUAAGAUUUUAUCAUGCAAUAUUCUGGUAGCAUCAAUGUUUUGUAUUAUAAACCUGCAUUUUGCAUUCACAAUACUGUUACUUCCAGUUAAGUCUGGUAUAACUGUUGUAAACGUUUACAUAUAUUGGUAAGAAAAAGCUGCAUUUCAUCCUGGCACUGUAAGCCAAACUAUGUAAGAUAAUUAGGGAAGUUAUGGAAUGUAACCAUGUUAAAGGUUUUAGUUAAUACAUUUUUUUUGGUGGAAAUGUGUUGUAUCCACUGCUCCCAGAGCAUUUGUUGGAAGAAUACAAAGCCUCCGUCCAUGACCAUAACACAACAACUAAUCUCUUAUACAACAAGAGCAUUGUUAUGCAGAGAAAAGACUAAAACAAACCCUGAUGCAAUUGGCCCAUGGCAUUGUUACAUCACAGUUAAUUACUAUAAUCCUUUUUUUUUAUACCUGAAACAUUGCAACAAUCAUGGAAAAUGAAAGGGUAAUUAUUGUUUUGUUUGUAACUGACCGAUACAAUAGUUUUAGUGAAAGCGGGGAAGUUAAGGAGCAUUAUUGGACUUUCAACAUUUUGCACACUUGGCAAUUCUUGGACCAAAGUCUCUGGUAGCAGUCUACUAUUAAAUACAAUUUUCAGUGCACUAAGUUUUUAAAUUGUGAGAUUAAAAGUCAAGAUCCACUUAUCCAUCCAUUUGUUUUCAUAAUUUCUUUAUAAAAUACACAGAUGUACUGUAUUUUGUUCUUUGUCAUAUCGAUGGAACACAUGAAGAGUAUUUGUGGUGCAGGGGACUUGAUGUAAACUGUUAUGUGCAUACAUGUUAUGGUGCUUUUGUGAUGGAAACAAUUUGUCUGUAUCUGUUGGGGUUAUAGUUGCACAUUAAAAAAAUAAAUGUUCUGAGAAAAUGGA